CGGCAAGCACUUCUUGAAGUCUUUCUCCUACUUCGACCUCGAAGCCCACGCUUGCUGGCAAGGCUCCUUCAAUCAAGGACCUCUAUAGAUAUUUGUUUAGAGUCUCAUAAAAUAUUAGCGAUGUCGCAUCUAGCACCAACUGGCAAGUGGGACGCAAGAUACCUUGGCCCUGUCCCUCACGACUCUUCAUACUAUGCCAAGUGCAUGCUCGGUGGUGUUCUUGCGUGCGGUAUCACUCAUGCUGGUAUCACUCCUCUUGACGUGGCCAAGUGUAACAUGCAGGUAAAUCCUGCAAAAUACAAGGGUCUCACGUCUGGUCUUGCGACUCUGCUUCGUGAGGAGGGUCAGACCGGUAUCUGGAAAGGCUUUGGUCCCACCUUUGUCGGUUACUCGUUACAAGGCAUGUUCAAGUACGGUCUUUAUGAAGUGUUCAAGGACCAGUACAUGAACUUGGCUGGCGAAGAGCUUUCUAACAAAUACAAGCCCGCCAUCUGGCUCGCUGGUUCUGCAUCUGCAGAGGUCUUCGCUGACAUCGCCCUUUGCCCUCUCGAGAUGACGAAAGUCAAGAUCCAAACCAGCCCCAGCGGCACGUUCCCUACGGCCUUUGGUGCUGCCCUCGCGGAGAUGAGCAAGACCAAGGUUGAGACCCGCUACCCCUUUGGCUCCCUUGUUCCCCUCUGGUCCCGUCAGAUCCCUUACACCAUGGCCAAGUUCUUCUUCUUUGAGAAGAUUGUCCAGGUCUUCUACACUCGCGUUUUCACCGAACCCAAGGAGUCUUAUGCCAAGACCACUCAACUCGGAGUCACUUUUGCUUCUGGUUACCUCGCUGGUGUUGUCUGCGCUAUUGUCUCCCACCCGGCUGACUCCGUCGUCUCUCUCAUGGGUAAGCCUGCAAACAAGGGCAAGAGCAUUGGCACGAUCGCAUCAGAAACUGGUUUCGCCGCACUUGCAACCAAGGGUCUCGGCACCCGUGUGUUGAUGAUUGGUACUCUUACCGGCUUCCAAUGGUGGAUCUACGACUCCUUCAAGGCAUCGAUGGGUCUCGGCACCACUGGUGGCAAGUAAACCGCUUACUUGUCUGCAUUUGUAGUGGAUGUGGUAGUCAGUGCCCACAUCCCCUCCUUGAUUCGCUCGUCUAAUUUAUUACGCAGGAGGACGCUCGACAGAUCGUUUCUGGUAGUAUACAGUUAGUUUACAUUCAUUCCCUUGUGAUCCGUAUUGCUAUCCAUUUACCCCGUACAACCCGUAUACUCCUUGCCAUGCAAUAGAUCACGAUCACCUUACGACAAUACCACUGCAUGCUCUUUAGAGGUCUGCACCUGAGGGACCGGCUUUGCUAC